AUGAUAGAGAACCAGCAAAAUAUGCCCCUCCCAGACACAAGCAAAAAGCCAGCUGAUGGGGAGCCAGGAAGCCACCCGCAGAUCUCCAAAGGCUACCCCUUCAAUUGCCCGGCAGCAGUAAGCAGAAGCCUCAAACCCACCAAUCAUGCUUGCCUAUAUUAUCUCGCCACCAGCUUGCCUGCGUUGAUGCAUGUGGGAUUGAAAAUCCUGUACAGACCAAUUUCUGCCUUGGUGUUGUCCAGGCUAGCAACCAGAACUUAUUGGACUUCAGGAUACCAGCCGUCAGUUAGCACUAAGAAAGUUUCAAACUAGUGAUGUCAGCACAUAGACAUGGCUUGUAUCGGUGCUGGUGUUGGUGCUGCCACAGUAGGAGUGGUCGAUUCUGGGGCUGGAAUUGGAACAGUCUUUGGGAGUCUCAUGGGCUAUGCCAGAAAUCCUUCUCUGAAGCAGCUCUUAUUCUAUUUGGGAUUUGCUCUCUGUGAAGUUAUGGGUCUCUUCUGUCCAAUGGCUGUUUUCCUGAUCCUGUUUGCCAUGGGAAGAGUAUUGCUGAACUCUGGCAUUGGUGAACUACAAAUGUGAUUCUGUGUACUUGGGCUCAGAAUUUGUUUAUCAUGGAAAUAUAUACUACUUCCAAAGCAGUUUAAUUAAAGAUGGUAAUGAGGUUUUGUUUUUGUUUUUUAAAAAGCAAGACCCUCCAUCAGCAAAAAGAUUACAACUCGCUGAAGGCUCAGAUGAUAUUUUUUAGUAAUAAAGUAUUUUGAAUUAAGGUAGGUACAUUUUUUAGACAUAAUGCUAUUGCAUACUUAGCAGACUACUGUAUAUAGUGUAAACAAAACUUAUAUGUGCAUUGGAAAAUCAAUUCAUGUGACUUGCUUUUUUGCAAUAUUCGCUUUAUUGUGGUGGUCUGAAACCGAACCUGCAAUAUCUCUGAAGUAUGCCUGAAUAAGCAAAGAAGGUUCUCUAGCAAUGAGUCACAUCUCCUCCCCAAAUGAUCACUCCCAGAUUUGCAAUUUGCCCCACACAUACAUUCUAAUAAAUCAAACUCUGAUU